AGCGUACAAAAAAGUGUAGGAAACCCGAGUUUCUGCGAGCUUGACUUUGGAGAAGGUUCAUUCGAUUUUAAUGAUCAGAUAAAGGUCGGCGACCAGAAACGAGAUUAAUUUAUGGACAUAAAAUUAAGCAGGAUAAUUUACUGAGACUAAUCCGAUUGGCCCCAACCUGCGAGCUGAUUUUAACGGUGAAUUAAGAGCGAGAUCGGGCAAAAAAUAUGCGAUCAGACAUAAAUCUUGCGACGACGACAUGUGACAGCGGAUACCAACACCGUUAUCGCUGAUAAACAUCAAUAAUUAUAUAGUCGUAAGUCAGCACCAUACAACAGAGUCAACAAAUGACAUUUAUAAACGUGAACGAUCGAUGCGUCAACAAGAUUUCGCGGGCGAAUCGUAUCGGGAAAAGAUUCGCAAAACAAGCAAGAUUCCGUUGCAAGGAAAUGCAUUGAAAUUAUAGUCAUUAAUGACGCUGUCCGCUGCGAAUAUUUUAUAUUGCGGCGAAAAACAGUGUGAUGAUACGUAUAACGCUUAAGCUCGACAGCAAGAGAAAGACAAGAGAUUUUCACUCAAAUUUACGUGAGGGAAGAGCAGAAGAAGAUUAGAGGAUUUCAAGAGUUCUGCAAAUGUUCUUAGAGAAUAGUUUUAUGUGAAAGCUAAUGGUGGAUAUGGAAUGGGCCACGACAAUUUGACUGAAGAGCGGUCGUUAAGAAACUUUCAAAGUUUUGAGCAAAGACAUCUCCGAGUGCCGCAUGCAAAUAAAAAUUAGCUAAGGACUUUCAGGGGGUCCGGGGGACCCUGUGGUAUUUCCGUGAGUGUCUCGAGCGAUCAUCGAUCGUAAACAAGUGGAGCAUGAUGGGAGAAGUGAUCCGCGUUUCUGGGAGAGCACCGGACGUCGGUGACAUCCUGAAGGAGGCCAUGCUGUCGCAGAGGUUCGCCGAUGUGGCCUUGUGCUGUCCAGGAGGGCAGCGAUUCCUCGCGCAUCGCCUGGUUCUGUCAGCAGCCAGCCCUUAUCUUCAAGAGGUGUUGCUGGCACACAGCAAAGUCACCGCCCACUGCGAGCCUAUCACGGUGAUUCUGGCCGAGGUGGAGGCACCGGAACUCGCGGCUCUUCUCGGCUUCGUCUACACCGGAAGCGCCACGGUUCCGCGAAUGCGAUUGGACGCGUUUCUACGCGCUGCCGAAGCUCUGCGCAUCCGACUUCCGUCGGUGCCACCGGUAUGCGGCGGACAGACAGACUGUAAAUCAGAGGAUGUCAAGGACGUCAAAGUUAGCCCUAAGUACUUGCAGUGCGACCAGUAUCCUUGGUACCAAUCGAAGAGACGGUCCUACGAAGAUCCGUUUGACAGAAAAGAGUCUUGCGCUAGGAUAUUCCCUACAGACGUCAACAGAAAUGUCUUCAGAGACAUCAGAACGCUGCACGAAGUCGGUAAUCCUGGCCCGUCAUUUGGUCCUAGUUGCCCAAGCGCGUGGCCAAUCGGAGGUUUCUUGCAUCAGGAUAGAACGACGGGUGAUCCUCCCGCGGACAAGGAUCAUGGCUCCGUGAUACUUGCUGAUAAGAAUCCAGUGAUAGCUCCCAGUGACGAAUCGUCCUUCAGUAUGUACCAACGAGGCACGUGUCUCCCUAGAGAACCACCUUCUUCGGAAGGAUACGCUGCUCCAGAUACCGUGGAAAGGAUCGGGACAGGAUACGAGAGGUUGCACAUGAGUUGCUCAACGGAGAAGCUGAUGAUGAACGAGGACGUCUUCGCGGGCGGAUCGAGAGGCGAGUCUUGCGGAACAACGCGGGACGAGUGUCCUUACCAGAGCCCGAUGCCGUUGCCAUCGUCCUUGCAAUGCGCCACCCCCGCCAGCCCCGCCACCGUCGCCGCCACCGUUACCGGUCAGACGAGGUCGUUUGAGGUGCCAGAUUAUGCGGGCUCCCAGACUUCAGCGGGCGAGGAUCUCAGCUGUGGCGAAAGUUGUUGUAGGUGGAGAAUUGCUCGCAGGCACGUGGCGAAUCGUGUCACCGCGUCGCCAUGGCGCCAGAUUGUCAGGCCCCAUCAUUCACCGAGGCUCCCGCGACCCGUCCCCAUAGCCCAACGUCACGCCGAUGACGUGAGUACUCCGCAGGAAAUUCAUAAAAAGCUUCCGACUCCGGAACCAACUCGAUCCUCAGUAAUAUCGAUGAGCCCGAAGAAUAUCAUUUAUUCCCCGAGAAACGCACUGCGAAGCGACGGACCUUGCUCUGGGGCUUUCGAAGUUCCUAACAGUUGCGAGACGAGCUUUAAUAAUGACUCGAGUUUAUCGCGCGACAUAAUCAGUGGAUCGGAGACGAGUAUUCAAGAGAUCUAUCGACCUCCGCUCCCAUUCACAUCUCCCAAUCAGACCUCGCCGCCCGCGAACGCGGUGAGAAACAACGAGCAAUCCGUCUUCCAAAACGUCGGCAAUGCACCUACGCAAUCGCCGUCCACGAGCAACGACAGCGUUAUCGCGAGUGCCGGAUGCAAAAAUAUCGGCGGAUAUCCGACGCAGACGUUGGUACCGCAAACGCCGACCAAACCCGAACUGUCACAUCCGAUCAGUAGACUUUGCGACACGAUCGACGUUGACGAGAGGAAAGAGACAUUAAGGGCGGAAACGGCAAGCGCCGAGAAGAAUGAAGAAGAGAGAGUCGCGAGGAUUUUUGUUAACAGCGAUAACAACAACAACAACGAGACGAUCGUAGGCACGGAGGUGGCCCAGCCCAGGGGACGUUCUGCGGACGAUCACAGGUGCGAUCAAUGCGGGAAGACCUUCGUCACGAGAGCGUCGCUCAAGGUGCACAGCCGAACGCACUCCGGUGAAAAGCCGUUCCGCUGCGCCGACUGUGGCAAGCAGUUUUCGCAGCUGCGCAAUUACAAGUACCAUCGCAGCGUGCACGAGGGCACGCGGGAGUUCGCCGCCACUUGUCCGGAAUGCGGCAAGUACUUCAACGACCGCGGCUACCUGAGCUCGCAUAUGAAGAUCCAUCGGAACCGCAAGGAGUACGGCUGCGCGGAAUGCGGGAAGAGCUUCAAUCAGCGAGUGGCCUACAACAUGCACGUGCGCAUACACACGGGCGUGAAGCCGCACCAGUGCGACCAGUGCGGAAAGGCGUUCUCGCGGAAGAUGCUGCUCAAGCAGCACCUGAGGACCCAUUCCGGCGAGCGGCCGUACCAAUGCCAGGUCUGCCAGAAAGCGUUCGCCGACCGCUCCAACAUGACCCUGCACACCAGGCUUCACUCCGGCCUGAAGCCCUACCAGUGCACCCUGUGCUCGAAGGCUUUCACCAAGAAGCAUCACCUCAAGACGCACCUCAACUACCACACCGGCACCAAACCGUACUCCUGCGCCAAUUGCGGCGGCAGGUUCUCGCAGAGUAGCAAUAUGAGGACCCACUUCAAAAAGUGCAUCGUCAACAAUGCCGCCGGGGCCGGGAAUCCGGCAAAGUCCGGUGACGAAGCCGGCGUCGAGCGGGCCGACGCCGAAAGUAGCUUGGCGCCGCAGGUGGUCCUGACCCCGCCCAACUCCGAUCAGGAAUCCAGCAUUCUGACCCCGAUCUCGAAAAAUGCGACCGCGACAGAGAAUAAUACGUAAUAAUACGGCUCCUUUGUCUUUAAAGUUCUUUUUCUUCUUAAAAAAAUAGAUUAGAGAAGUUAGGAUAAGGGAUAAAUGAAAAUAUUGUUCCGGCGUUCAAACGACGAUCAUCAUCUGUAAUGUUCGGCAGAUAUUUGAUAUUGAAAAUAAUAAUAUAUGAAUAAUAGAUAUGAAUAUACUGGACGGUAACAAGUCGAUCGGAAGUACGGACUGUUGAUUUUGCGUUAGUACACACUUGUAAAGAGCUUUCGAGACAAAGUGCAUUUACAUUUGUAUUAGCAAGAUAGAAUUGCAAAAUUACCAGUAAAAUUUGCUUCAGAUUAGCAUUAAAAAAUACGCAGCUUAUUUCCGAACAAUCUAAUAUUAGUUAGUUGCGUGAGAUUGAAAUAUCUCCAUGUGGUGCAAUAGUCAUUGCAUUGUGCCUUUCAGUUCCUGUAUUUAUUGAACUAACUCUCGUUGUACAUGUAGAACUUCAUAUUCGAAUCUAGCACUCAACAAUUUGGAGUGAAAUUUAAUUGAAUUUUUAUUAUAAAAAAAAAAAUUAAAUUUUUAUAGAAGGCAUUUUCCAAUUUGGCAUAAUUAAUCUGUUUUAAUUUGGUAAUUUCCAAAAAUGUAUUAUAUAUUAUAAUAAUUUUUUCCUAUAUACCCACAAUUUGAAAAGUAUUAAAUUGAAAAGAUAUUAUCUUCUAAAAUCUUUAAUUGAAGGCUUGAAACUUUAGAAAACUUAAUUCUCAGAUUCUUGAUUCUUUCAUUUAAUUCAAAAUAUUACAAAUCUUUUAUUUUCGAUUUUUAAUUUAAAAUUAGAUAAUU